GCGGUGUGUCCGGUUCUACUCAUCGUCCGUCCAGGUUGACGCUGUUAUUAAGACAGAACGAACCGCGUUUUGACACAUGACAUUUUAAACCUCGGUGCUAAAACCAUAACGGCUGGAUGAGUGGGCCAUUCACCUCCCCCUCUGCAGAGGUGGCUGAGAUGAACCGCAUCCAUUUUGAAUUGCAGUACACAGAGGGUAUCAGCCAGCGCAUGCGGAUCCCUGAGACCCUCAAGGUGGCCUCAGAGAACCAGACAGGGUCUCUGUCACUUCAGCAUUUCCUCCCCAUGCACACAGCUCUCAUGCAGGUGCCAGAGAGAAUCAUUGUAGCUGGUGAUGAUGGGGACUCUCAAUUUUCUCGUCCACGAGACUUGGACCUUAUUCAAUCCAUCCCUCCCAUGGACCUUCUGAGCAUGAAGGCCCCACCACGUAUCCUCACUCUAUCAGAGCAGCCACUGGACUCCCUUGAAACUGAACAAACUGCCACUUCACAGAGCAUUCCCAUCCAUGCGGCCCACUUUCAUGCUCGGUCUCGAAGGGAACGCAGUGCCAGUGAGAACAUGUCUGCCCGCCAUAGCGGUCAGAUUGUCAGAAGUGAUAUAAGUGUAACCCCUUCCCCUUCUGCCCCCCCAGUCCGGUUGUGUCCCCCUCUCUGUUCCCCUGAGGAUGCUAACAUCAACCUGUUUACGACUACGGGGUUCCUGUUUUAUAUCCAGUCAACAACACGUCGGGCAUACCAGCAGGUCCUCGAAGUGAUGGAUGACAGCCACCGCAGGACACACCUGGACCUGGCUCUGGAUAUAAACCCUGACGAGUCUGGCUUAGUGGACGCUUCCUCGCUACGACGACAGAUUGUGAAGUUGAACCGGCGUCUGCAGCUGCUUGAGGAGGAAAACAAAGAACGCUCCAAGCGAGAAGUGUUCCUGUAUUCUGCUACAGUGGCAUUCUGGCUAAUUAACUCCUGGAUCUGGCUUCGUCGCUAAGAUUUUUGCAAGACUGAUCCUCCCAAAACACUGGAAGCCAACGCAACUCCUUGUUAAAAGUGCAACCAUUAAAAUACAGAGAUUUUACUACAUCUAAAGGCAACCACGGGAAACUACAAGAACAUCGGCAAAUGUCCUCCACCACAAUCCUGCGUUUCUAUUGCAAAUUCUAUAUUGGGAUUUCACUUAGAAAUGUCAAACAUAGUGCUGAAGAUAAAACCUGAGGCAGUAAAACAUAACCAAAGUUUUCAAAACUGAUGAUAUACGUAUGUUUGGUCCAUUUACAAAAAAAAUCACAUUUGUUAGUAUUCAUUAAACUACAAGUUUGCUUUGGUCGGGUACAACACCACUAGAACUAGAGGGAAAGCUGAAGUUAGCAUAUCUCACGUUCAAAGAUUCAUCUAACAGGACAAAGCACAAUAAAACUAUAGCUGGAUGUUUGCAAAAUGGUAGCAACUACUUCGAUGUGGUGAGCUAAGUUGCUAUUUUCCAGCAAAAACAAACUACUAGUUACCUUAUUUGGCUAAAAUUAGCUUCGACAUAGGUUGCUGUCUGACUCUGAAUCACUGCCAAACAUUCUCCACCUCUCAAUUACUGCACUGAUGUUCACUUAUAUUUAGUAAAACUAAAUGUGGUACAGAUAAAAAAAACAAUAUGGGGGCCAGUUUAAAGUAGCAAAACCGUGUCUCAUAUUAUUCAGCAAGAAUUGUAAAACCUCACUG